GAAGCUAUUCGUGUUGACUGUUGUUGAAAAUUGCAAAUAUGGAAGGUCGAGUGGAACAUGGACUGGCAAGAGUAUUAUCAAAACAGGAUUUUGAUCCAGAUCAUUUUGUCAGUAAACAGGCAGAGAAUGGAGAAGAUCAGUUGUUGGUCAUGAAACAGAAGAUCCAGAUAUUAUCUGACGAGACAGCCCAUGCUCUGAAACAUAAUGUGUACAAAAAUUACUCACAGUUCAUAGAAACUGCAAAGGAAAUUUCUAUUUUGGAAGGAGAGAUGUACCAACUGAGUCACAUUCUGACAGAGGAGAAAAGUUUGAUGUCAUCCAUGAUGGAGAUGUCACUAGUUAGUGAUAAAGCUAUUGUUGAGCAGCCCAAAGAACAAAGCCAAGAGAAUCCAGAGGAGGAUACCAGGAAAAAUCUGGCAUUUCUGUUGGAAAAAGUUGAAGGCUGUUCUAGUGUAACAGAAGUUCCAGGACGACAUUUGAUACACAAUGGUGACUUGGCUGAGCUGGAUGCUGAAUCGUUCACACAGAUACAGAAAGUCCAUGCCUUCUUGCUAAAUGAUAGUCUGAUGAUAGCCACAUGGCUUCCUAAUAGGAGAGGUCCAGUUAGAUACAGGUUCCAGGGCCUAUAUGAGUUGGACAGUCUAGCUAUAGUUAAUGUUAGAGAUGCUGGACCUAUAAAGAAUGCAUUUAAGAUUUUGAUGUUUCCUGAUGCUAAGAUGUAUCAGGCUGAUGGAGCUAAAGCAAAGAGGCAUUGGUUAGACAUACUAGAAGAAACAAAGAAAGCUAAAGCUUCCAGAGACAAGCAAAAGAAAGAGGCAGCUAUACUGUUAGCUGAACAACAGGCUCAUACUCCCGAGGAGGAGAGAAAAUCUUUUCCAAUUGAGGAUGAUAGUGAAACUAUUGUUGCCAUAGAAACAGAUUGUUUGAAUGCUGAUUGGAUACAAGAACUACCAGAAGAUCUAGACAUGUGUAUAGCACAAAGAGAUUUUGAAGGAGCAGUAGAUUUAGUGGAGAAAGUAAAUGAAUAUUUAAAAGACUGUCCAAAAGUACCAGUAGUAAAGGAAUUCAGAUCCAGAAUAGACAACCGAAUCAAACAAUUAACAGAGGGUCUCAUGGGUGAAUUACAGGUAUCACCAGAGAGGUCUCUAAGGGGAGGACCUAGAGCUGCCAGGAGAGCUGUAACACAACUGAUUAGAUUAGGGAAGUCAGCUCAGGCAUGUGAUUUGUUCCUGAAGAACCGUAGUGCUAUCAUCAAGUACAACAUUCGUCAGUUAAAGUUUGAAGGAGCUACAACCCUGUACAUUAGAAGAUUAUGUGACGUGUUCUUCCCGUGUUUAUCAGAGACGGGGAAGGAGUUUACUAAGGCAUUCCAAGAUCAUUAUGGUUGUAUGUCUGCAUUUGUGGUGUGGGCCAAGGAAGAGUUAGAAAUGUGUGUCAAUACAUUCAAUAGACAUGUAUUUGGUGGCAAGUCAACAUUAACAGUUAUAUCAGAAUGUGUACAGACAGCCAGACAACAUUGUGAUGAACAGCUAUGUAGUAUUGGUUUUGAUGUAUCAUUUGUGUUUGAGGACACAAUUACACCAGAGUUGGAGAGAGUUGUUCAAGAAAAUAGAGACCAGAUGAUUGAAGGAAUAAAAUAUAGGGGGAAUGAUGAUAAAUGGAGGAAAAUGAAUCACUUGAAAGAGAAGGAGUGUAGUAGAUUCCUAGAAGAGAUGAUGUCUGUGGGUCUGGACUUUAAACCUUAUGUAGAAAGUAAGAAUUUAUUAUCUGUAGGUCUGGACCUCAAACCUUAUGUAGAAAGUAACUGUUUUGUGGCACUUACGAUGAAUACAGCUCAGUUUGCCAAGAUUUGUAUGACGAUGACGAGAGAUUUGUUGACAUUACACACAUUGGAGUUAUCUCCCCUCAUCACAGAUACAAUUACUGAAGUGUUUAAAGCACAGCUGUUACACUUUGAAGAUAGUUUGAAAAGCCCAGAUUUUAAAACAGAGCACAAGUUUAUACUGAAGAAUGCAAAAUAUAUCCUGGAGACCUUAAUGAAGAAAGUGGAAGAACAGUUUAAAACAAGAUCAAUCGGAUUCCCAAAACAAUUAAUGUCCAUCAGUGGAAAGUACAAAAAACUAGAAUCAAUCUCUAAAUCAUCUGCUAGCUGAAUUUGAAGAACCAUAAUUAAAAUAUACAGAUCCAACAUUUAUUGUACAAUGUUAAUAUUACUGUUAUAGUGAUAAAAAUAAUAGUUGAAAAUCCUCAAAUGGUUAAACUGCAUUGGUGUACAAAUAACCAUUUUUAUCUCCUUUGUGGUGAUAAAAACACAGACUUUUACCAUAUUUCACAAAUUUGAACAUUUGUUAAAAGAUUAUUAGUUCAAUUUGGUUUUUUUUUUAUCAUUUCAUUUUUGCUAGAAAAAAAACAAAAAAAACACAUUUUCUAUAUUGAUUUUAUGGACAUGUUGCAAAAUCAGAAAUACUUAUUUAUAUGAUUAUAACCUUUUUAGCUCACCUGGCCCAAAGGGCCAAGUGAGCUUUUCUCACCACUUGGCGUCCGUCGUCGUAGUUGUCGUUAACAAUUUACAUUUUGAACUUCUUCUAGAGAACCACGGAAUGGAAUGGAACCAAACAUGGCAUGAAUGUUCCUUAUGAGAUGCUGACCAAGUGUUGUUACUUUGUAGCCGAUCCAUCAUCCAAGAUGGCCGCCAGCGGGGGACUUAAGUUUAACAAAGGACCCUAUGGGAAAUGCAUACAAAUGACUUCUUCUUUUAGAGAACCACUGAAUGGAAUGAAACCAAACAUGGAAUGAAUGUUCCUUAUGAAGUGCUGACCAAAAUUGUUACUUUGUUGCCGAUCCAUCAUCCAAGAUGGCCGCCAGCGAAGGACUUAGUUUAACAUAGGACCCUAUGGGAAAUGCAUACAAAUGACUUCUUUUAGAGAACCAUUGAAUGGAUUGAAACCAAACAUAGCAUGAAUGUUCCUUAUGGGGUGCUGACCAAGUGUUGUUACUUUGUAGCCAAUCCAUCAUCCAAGAUGGCCGCCAGGGGGGAACUUAGUUUAACAUAGGACCCUAUGGGAAAUGCAUACGAAUGUCUUCACCUAGAGAACCACUAAAUGGAAUGAAACCAAACAUAGCAUAAAUGUUCCUUAUGGAGUACUGACCAAGUGUUGUUACUUUGUUGCCGAUCCAUCAUCCAAGAUGGACGCCAGCUGGGGACUUAUUUUAACAUAGGACCCUAUGGGAAAUGCAUAUAAAUGACUUCUUUUAGAGAACCACUGAAUGGAAUGAAACCAAACAUGGCAUGAAUGUUCCUUAUGGGGUGCUGACCAAGUGUUGUUACUUUGUUGCCCAUCCAUCAUCCAAGAUGGCCGACAGCGGGGGACUUAGUUUAACAUAGGACCCUAUGGGAAAUGCAUACAAAUGACUUCUUUUAGAGAACCACUGAAUGGAAUAAGACCAAACAUAGCAUGAGUGUUCCUUAUGGGGUGCUGACCAAGUGUUAUUACUUUGUAGCUGAUCCAUCAUCCAAGAUGGCCGCCAGCGAAGGACUUAGUUUAACAUAGGACCCUAUUGGAAAUGCAUAUAAAUGACUUCUUCUAAAGAACCACUGAAUGGAAUGAAACCAAACAUGGCAUGAAUGUUCCUUAUGAGGUGCUGACCAAGUGUUGUUACUUUGUAGCCGAUCCAUCAUCCAAGAUGGCCGCCAGCGAGGGAUUUAGUUUAACAUAGUACCCUAUAGGAAAUGCAUACAAAUGACUUCUUUUAGAGAACCACUGAAUGGAAUGAAACCAAACAUGGCAUGAAUGUUCCUUAUGAGGUGCUGACCAAGUGUUGUUACUUUGUAGCCGAUCCGUCAUCCAAGAUGGCAGCCAGCAGGGACUUAGUUUUACAUAGGGCCAUAAGGGAAAUACAUACAAAUGUUUUCUUUUAGAGAACCACUGAAUGGAUUGAAACCAAACAUAGCAUAAAUGUUUCUUUCCCUAUGAGGUUCUGGCCAACUGUUGUUAAUUUGUAGCCAAAUUUUAUCUUUAUCUUAUAUGAAUAAAAAAAAACAGGUUGUUUCAGGUGAGCGAUACAGGCUCUUAAGAGCCUCUAGUUUAAUAUUUAAAUUCAAUUAGGUGUUACCAAAUUGAGGCAAUAUUAUCUAUAGGUGUAACAAAUUUAAGUGAAGAACCAUACAUUAUUUGUGGAAUCGAAUCUUCGAUCAUGAGAAAUUCGGAUUAGAAAUAUCACAAACUUACAUUAAACCAAAUCAUAAUGUAUCAACGCAAAUUUAAGACAGAUUUGUUUGGAAAAGAAAGUAAAACCAAGAUGAUUUAAUUUAUGUAUAUAACAUAUUUUAUAAUUUAUAGUAUUUCUCAUUUAUUUUGAUAUGUAAAGUGCAAUAUUUGUUUUUAUUUUGUUAUUUGAUAAUUAUUAAAGAUAUUAUAUGAAUAU